AUGGCAGGUGUGUUGGGUUCGUUUUGGGGUGGAGUUUCCCACCUGGAUUAUACAGGGAUCAUCGAGCCAUCUAGUCACGACUUCCUUCUUGACCAGAUGGUGAUCAGUUCAGCUGUCACAGCAGUGCCAUCUGCUGAUCAAAGCAGCAGCUCCAGUCUGGACUCACCCACAGGUACUGACUCCACCCCCACAGAUGGAGCUGAUUCAAAUGAAACUAAUGGAAACGGCAGGCAGACUCUGCUGAUGGACACAAACACAGUGACUGAUCAGCUGGUUUUUCUUCAGACUCACGCCCUCCAGACUGAAUUCACAGGUGGAGCGGAGUUGGUGACUGGUCGUCACAUUACCCUUACAGCUUCAGGUGUUGGACUGGGCCAUGACAUCACAGAGUCGUCUCCUGUCGUCCUCCAAACAGAGUCUGCAGACAGCUUUAAAACGACACUGAACUCAGUUUCAGGUGUUUAUUCCCACACAGACCUGGUUACCAUGGCAACAGACUUGACAGGGACAGCUUCAGCAAACCCAACAGGAGGUCCACUCGACUCCAGUCAUCCAGCUGUGACAGACCACACACAGACAGCUGGUUCGGUCACUGAACAGUACAACCCAUCUGGUCAGGGUCCUGAAGGUGCAGAAAAUGUGGAACUGGAGGAUACCUGCUGACUUCCACAUAAAGCCACGAGUUCAAGUCUUGCGCUACCAAUUCCAGUGUACCGACCAAUCAGCAUGGACCAAAACAACCAACCCCUCCCACUAGCUGUAGGGCCCACCCACUGAGAGCUGCAGCUUGUUGGUGUUUUGGUUUUUAUAUAUUUAA